GGCAAAGGUGGCAAGGGUCUCGGCAAGGGCGGCGCCAAGCGUCACCGCAAGAUUCUUCGUGACAACAUCCAGGGUAUCACUAAGCCCGCUAUCCGUCGUCUCGCUCGUCGUGGUGGUGUCAAGCGUAUCUCAGCCAUGAUCUACGAAGAGACCCGUGGUGUCCUCAAGUCCUUCCUCGAGAGCGUCAUCCGUGACGCCGUUACAUAUACCGAGCACGCCAAGCGCAAGACCGUUACAUCCCUCGACGUUGUCUACGCCCUCAAGCGCCAGGGCCGUACCCUCUACGGUUUUGGUGGUUAA